CAAAUGGCCCUCGUUCACAGAGUUUGAUAGCCGGAGCCGCCGCCCUCUCCGAUUUCCAGCGCCGAGCACCACCGCCACCAGCCGAAAUGGGUAUUGAUCUCGUCGCCGGCGGGCGCAGCAAGAGGACCAAGCGCACAGCCCCUAGGUCUGAUGAUGUUUACCUCAAGCUCCUUGUCAAGCUGUAUAGGUUUCUUGUGCGAAGAACGGGAAGCAAUUUCAAUGCCGUGGUGUUGAAGCGGCUUUUCAUGAGCAAGACCAACCGCCCUCCGAUCUCUCUCCGGCGGCUCAUCAAGUUUAUGGACGGAAAGGAUGAUAAGAUUGCGGUGAUUGUUGGCACGGUGACUGAUGACAAGAGGGUUUAUGAGGUUCCAGCGAUGAAGGUCACAGCGCUGAGGUUCACUGAGACGGCCAGGGCCAGGAUCCUGAACUCCGGCGGGGAGUGUUUGACCUUUGAUCAGCUCGCUCUCCGUGCACCUCUUGGUCAGAACACGGUUCUCCUGAGAGGCCCGAAGAACGCAAGGGAAGCAGUGAAGCACUUCGGCCCAGCACCUGGUGUUCCGCACAGCAAUACCAAGCCGUAUGUUCGUGCAAAGGGAAGGAAAUUUGAAAAGGCUAGAGGCAGGAGAAACAGCAGGGGAUUUAGGGUUUGAUUCCAUCUCUCUUAAACUUGAUAAACUUUAUUCCAGGGUAUGGAUUUUUCUAGCCAUCAUUAGUUGUACUUGUGUGUUUCAUUAUCUUUCGGGACUCUGGUUUUUAGCCUUAAAUUGGCAGGAUGUUUUUAUAAUUUUGUUUUGUUAUUCACUGCGGGAUAAAAUCUUUUGAGCUCAUCCAUCCGUUUGGCGUUAAAUUUUUGUUCUGUUAA